UCUUUAUACUCUCUCCCUCUCUAUUAGAAAGAAAAGAAAAGAAAGAUGGAUUGUUUGCUUUGCUCACCGAUCUUAUAUGUUUUUCUAAUUUUUCUUUGGUAUUUAGUUAGAGGUUUGUUGAAUCGGAGUCGGAGUCUCCCCUAUCCACCAGGUCCAAGAGGAUAUCCAAUAGUAGGAAACUUGAAACUUAAAGAUCAAUUGAGUCAUCGUGGUCUGGCCGAGUUAGCCAAACCAUAUGGUGGUCUCCUACACCUUCAGAUGGGUAUAAUUCAUAUUGUAGCCGUUUCAACUGCUGAAAUGGCCCGACAAAUUCUUCAGGUUCAAGAUGUGGUUUUUGCAAACCGGCCGGCUAACGUGGCGAUUUCAUAUCUUACUUACAACCGAGCAGAUAUGGCGUUUGCCAACUACGGUCCGCUUUGGCGUCAGAUGAGAAAGAUUUGCGUGAUGAAGCUCUUCAGCAGAAAGCGGGCCGAGUCAUGGGCCUCGGUACGAGAAGAAAUUGAUUCAAUGGUUCAAACGCUGAUCGAACAAACCGGUUCACCGGUUAACGUAGGCGAGCUGGUUUUCGCUUUGACGCGGAAGAUAACAUACCGAGCUGCGUUUGGCUCCUUCGCUCGCGACGGCCAAGACGAAUUCGUCAAGAUACUACAAGAGUUCUCCAAGCUCUUUGGUGCAUUCGAUAUCACAGAGUUCUUACCGUGGAUGAGAUGGUUUGGUAACCGCGGUUUCACCAAGCGGUUAGAGAACGCUAGGAACUCCUUGGAUGGGUUCAUAGACAGAAUCAUCGAUGCGCAUAUCGAAAAGAAGAUCUCGAGAAAACCAAAUGAUGAUGAUGGCCUGGAUGAUGACAUGGUCGAUGAACUUAUGGCGUUUUAUAGCGGCGAGGAUGAAUCUAAUGAUGCACAGUCAUCAUCGCUUAGACUCACAAGAGACAACAUCAAAGCCCUUGUCAUGGAUGUGAUGUUUGGUGGGACUGAAACGGUGGCGUCUGCGAUUGAAUGGGCAAUGACGGAGCUAAUGAAGAAUCCUCACGAACUCAGGAAAGUGCAGCAAGAACUCGCUGACGUCAUCGGUUUGAAUCGCCGGUUUCACGAAUCUGAUCUGGAGAAUCUUCCUUACUUCAGAUGCGCCAUGAAAGAGACGUUGAGGCUACACCCGCCGAUCCCGCUUCUCCUCCACGAGGCGGCGGCGGAUUCCGUCGUCUCCGGCUACUCAAUCCCCCGUGAUUCUCGGGUCAUGAUCAAUGUGUACGCGAUUGGGCGUGACGGAUCGGUCUGGACUGAACCAAAUGCGUUUAAACCGGGUCGGUUUAUGGAAAGCAAGGCACCAGACUUCAAAGGGAGUGAUUUCGAGUAUCUACCUUUUGGGUCGGGUCGAAGAUCGUGCCCGGGUAUGCAGUUAGGGCUUUAUGCUAUGGAGCUCGCCGUUGCGCACAUGCUUCAUUCUUUUGAUUGGGAGUUGCCCGGAGGAGUUACCUCCGAUGAUCUGGAUAUGACUGACAUGUUCGGUCUCACGGCGCCUAGAGCCACCAGGCUCAUCGCCGUUCCGAGCUACCGGCUAAAUUGUCCGAUGCUUUGAAAUGCUGUUGUUUAACAACUCAUCUUUUAUAUCAGCUGUUUCAUAUUUUACUUCAAUGCAAGAAACUACAGUAUCAAACUUGAACAUCAUUUUUAAGUUUUAAACUACCAAAGCAAGAAACUAAAACUAUUAAUUACGUUUUUUUAAUAAUUAUAAUUAUAAAACUUUAAGAUCAUCAUGCAUGCAUAUAUGAAUAACAUUACAGUAUAUAAUCGUACUCUACUAAAUCUAUGAUUUGUAAAUAUAUGUUAUUUGUAACCUAAUUAAUCUUAUUAUACUCUCUCCAUAUAUAUCUCACCCAGUCACUCUAGCCAUGCACGAGUUCUUCUUCAGAGUUCGUCAUAUAAAAUAAAUGCCAUAAGUAAACCUCAUGAGUAUGAAGAUUCCCCAUAUAUGUCCAAGGAGGGCUACAAGUAAAAUAUGGGUAGCCGAAAGCUUAUCCAUGCUGUAGAUCAAUUGAGCCAAUGACAUUGCAGCGAUGACGACACUUAAAGUAAGGUAAAAAACAUCCCAUCUCCGCCAUGUGUAGCAGCUACACAACAUAAACACGCUAACCAUGACUAAGAUAAUGGCGAGCAAGUUUUGUCGGCCUUCGAGACUUGUGUAUGGUCGAUAUGAGGGGAAAAAACAACAAAUCAAUCUGAAAACAUAAACAUAUAUCGACAAGAAUCCAAAGUAUCUUAAUACAACAUAGCUAAAACUCAUAUUUUCUUUGUAUGCAAUCACACUAUCCCAUCCUUUUGCAACGCCAUAGAUCGAUAUGAUAGCCACCUUGAGGAAUAAUGCUCGUGUGAUUCUGUUUGAAGGACUAGCCACAACUUCAUUUGAGGCAUUCGACAUAGUACCAC